AGCCACUAUUCCUCAUCCACUGAUGUUUACCGAAUUUCAGAAUUCGAUGGAGGGAAAGACAGGCAUGUGCGCCGUUUGUCUUAGAUCUUGAGAAGAAGAAAAAUGAAAUUUUCUACCCGUUUGGAAAUUGGUCUCAUUUUGGCAUGCUUUUUUUCCCGUUUUAUUACUAAAUCAUGUGCAAAUGAUCAUUAUGAGACAUGGCAUCAGACACUGACUCCUUUCCAGUCGCAUGCCUGUGACGAUGAAGAGCUCCAUCUACGCUGCACUCCGUCCACUGUCAUCAGUGUCCACUAUGUCUUCUACGGGAGGCAAGCUCAUUCCGGACAUCUGUGCCCGGACAGAAGCACCGCAUUUAUUUCCACAGCUUGCCAAUCCACGAAAGCAUUAAAGGUAGUCCACGAUAGAUGCCACAAACAUAGAAGCUGCCACUUGUACAUAUCUAAAGAAACAUUCAGAGAUGACCCAUGUCCUGAUGUUCGCAAGUUCAUAGAAGUCAUGUAUAAAUGCAGACCAGAUGGAUUCUUGAACAAGAUCGUUUGCGAAGGUGGACAACUGGAUCUUCUCUGUCCCGAAGGUCAAGGAUUAACAAUUUUUUCAGCAUCUUAUGGAACGACGAAGGAAGGGGUCGUGGAAUGCCGGCAGUCCGAAGGAUUCGAACCAAAAGAUUGCCUGGUGGAACGUACGCUCGAGAUUCUGCAGAAUCUGUGCUCGGGUAAGCAGAACUGCUCGCUGAGAGCUGACGACAAGACCUUCGGAAGCCCUGGCUGCAGGGGCACUAAGCAUCUCAAGGUGGCUUACAACUGCGUGGAAAGGGUCCUUCUCCGCCUUCCUGGUCGCCAUCCAGCAGAGGAAACGAUUCAAACCACCUCCUUCCCCGCCUGGGUUCGAGGGGUCGACCCUUCGGCGCAGAGCAACCUCUGGCCCGAUAGUGGCAGCCGAGACGAUUCUACGCCAGCAUCCGACAGCUCGAAGCUCGAAAUGCAGAGCGAUGAAGUACCCGCCAUCAACUAUAAGAAGGAAGCUCUGGCCGGCGAUCAAGAACUUGUUGGAUUCAUGUCCAAGUGGAUGACGGCACACAAAUACAUGAAAGGUAAUAAAGACAAAUUAGUGUUGUAUCUCAGCAUCAGUUUGGCGAUCGGAUUUUUAGUGUUCGUCACAGUUCUCGCUGGACGGUUCGUGAUCACGAAACUUGAAAGCAAUCGCCGCAACAACAAGUUCAACAUAACGCCAGAAACCGAAGACCAAUUUUUCAGUGAUAGCGACCUAGAACAUUUCGAGCCACCAGAUCCUCUACCCCCUCCACCUCUCAACUACACUGCCUCCAUGAGACGGAAGGACAGCGAAGUAGCUCCACGUGCACCCAUCAAUCCUGGGAAUGAACAUUGCUUCAGCUGAACCAAACGUCACUGAGGCAGCUGAAUGAUGUGGAGAAGAAACAUUAAAAAAUAGUCAACCCUUGAUGAAUGCUCCAUUACAACUUACAAAUAAUAUUUUGAAGCCCCAUGCAAGGCAAUUAAAGAACAAUAUUCAUUCAGAUGUUUCUGCUUAUGGGGGAUAGUACUUACCCACACUGAGCAUCUCUGAUAUCAGAAAACAAGACAUUUAAAAAUAUCACUUGAUGGAUGUACCAGUUGAUUCCUCUGGCAAGAACUCUGCUGUGUUAGAUAUAUUAAUGUUUCAUUUUAAAACAACAGGAGGGCUAUUUUUGGAACAGUCCUCGUAAUGUUGAAUCGCAGUCAGAUGAAGAGAAUGGCACUUGAACUGGCAUUCCCCUUUCUAAACUUCUGCAACAUGGCAGAGAGAAGAACUCGACUGAAUAUAUAUGGGAUGUCUUAUGACGCUCUCAACACCAGGGCUGGUUUUGUUUUUAAAUGAACCUGGUCAAUAGUCAAAGAUUGUCACAAUAAUGGGGCACUUUAUGAAGCAAAACUGCUCUUUGCUCAAGAAACUUCCAUUUCUCAUGAUAAAUAUCGAAAUGCAAAUGUAUUUAACUACAACAGCAAAUAUAUCAUUAAACAUGUUAAUAAACUAUUAAUUCUGAAGCUGUCAGUUAAUGAAUA